GAACACUGCACUUUUUCUUUAAAUUCCCGAGAAGAGAUUGAAUCGCACACACCGUGGACAUAAGUUACUAGUCGUCGAUUACAUACACAUUACUACACAUGUCAGCAGUCAGAGCCUGGCACUGGUACUGCGUACAUGUUUGUAUGUUUGUACAUACAUACAUACAAAUGGGCCAGUAUAGUAUACUCGGAGCACACCGUACCUCUCGAGGUAUUUCCACGGUUCCGUCCCAUCGAGUCCCCACGGGGUUGAGCCGCACGACCGAUUUGGGGUACCUACUACAAAAUUGUAGGACCAAGUCCUACACUUCAUCUAUAGGGAUCAUGUUAUGGAAUAUUGCUUUUAUUGGGUUUUUUACGGUUCCUAUUCUCUAUUCCACUAGAAAAACAUUGCGAAGUCACUACCCAAAAAGAAGAAACACAAAUAUUUGAACAAAAUCUAUAUACAGGAACCCGGCCCAAUCCAAUCAGCUGCUUUUAUUUUAUACAAGGCGGAAUACGACAAUGGAAAUUACCUAGCGAUGACCAUACCUAGUUCCAAUACCGGAGUCGAUUAGGUCAUGAAAUAUUUAGGACCCUCACCACCUUGAGGGGUUUGCCAAUUGAUAUCUUGUGUCGGCACCUUGAUGUCACAGGUCUUGCAGUGAAUGCAACUA